AUGGAGCAUGGGGAGGGUGACUCGCCGCCGGCGGCCGAGAAGAAAGGGGCGGUGGAGGAGGAUGAUUUCGGCUAUCGGCUCUUCCCAGAUCGGAACAAGAAGCCGCAGAGCUUCUUGGUCCGCAGCCUUUUCACCUUCCACAACAAGUGUCAGUUGAUGCUGAGGAUGACCCUGGAAACGAAUCCAUAUGCUCAACUGCUCCUUGAGGCUAUGAAGCAAUCUGGUUGCACUGUCUUCAAUGACCGGCACUUUUCUUGUGAAAACUGCGAUGGCUGUGUCAGUGGAGGUUUUGAUGCUGCCACAUCUCAGAUUGUUCUGUGUCAGAACAAUAUUCGCCAACAAUCCCAUAUGAACCGGGUGGUCACACAUGAAUUGAUUCAUGCAUUUGAUCACUGCCGUGCACACGUAGAUUGGUUUAAAAACGUCAAGCACUUGGCAUGUUCAGAGAUUCGAGCUGCUAAUCUCAGUGGAGACUGUACAUUGAUGAAUGAAAUAGCCAGGUUUAAAUUUGGAUUGAAAGGGCAUCAUCAGACUUGUGUACGAGACAGAGCAAUUCGUUCCAUUCUGGCUGUUAGAAAAGUUAGCAAAGAAACAGCUGAAAAAGCUGUGGAUGAAGUUUUUGAUGCCUGCUUCAAUGAUCUAGAACCUUUUGGAAGAAUCCCACACAGCAAAGCAGAUGCAAGACGUGCUUAUAGAGACUUUCAGAACAGAGAUCGCUAUAAUGCUAAUUUGUAAGGGGGGAAAAGAAAACACGUGAGAAACUGUUAAUUCUCUGUUCUGUAACAUCUGGAGUUACAGUCUGUGCACACAGUGCUGGUGGAAAGGGCAAUUCUAUCAAAUGUAUCAAUUAAUUUUGUAAACUUUUUUCAGGAGCCAGCUUCCGUGGAAGUAAACAGGGUAAAUGAACAAGACUAAAAAUCGUGUUUCCUCACCUGUUAUUCCAGGAAGAUAAUUUACUAUAUGCCAAAUGACUUGUCAAAAAUAAUGAUCUGCGCAUUUCAAUGCACAUUUAAUUCUUUUCAAUCUGACUGACUAGGAGUUGGUUUCUAAAAGUUUUGUUGUUACUAAAUAAAUCUUUUCAUUUCCACCAUCUUUGAUACACAGUUAUGAAGUCAGUGAUCUUAAUCACUCUAUUUUAAAAGAUGAGCACCCGAACUACAGCUUGAGGGACUAGAUUUAAUAACUAUGGCUAAACCUAAAAUAUAAUAAACUGCUGCGUUUGUUUUUGAGCACCUCUUGAAGUUCUUGGGAGGUCUAACAUUUGUUAGUGGUGGGAAAGCUUUUGUGGCUUGAGUCCUUUAUGCCCUGAAUUGCUGCUCCUGUGCUGAUUUUUGUCUGGUGGUGGAGGACUGGGUAUGAUGAUGAGUGUUGCCUUCUCCUGUUCUGUGUCCCAGUAUAUUUUGUGAUAACAGGACUGUCAGUGUAUGAAGCUUUGUCAGGCAACACAUAACUGUGAGAUUUGGCUGCAGUGGGGCAACAGGCUCCCUGGUGAGACUGGAGCGGGAGUGGGGUACUGAACUGCUCAAGUAAGGAAAAGUCAGCACAUGCACAGAUUUCAAGUGCCUGACAGAUGCUACAGCUGAGAGGGGAAGAUCCUCCCAUGUACCUCCAGAAUUUGGCAGCCUCUGACAGGGCUCUUUGACUGUAGCUUUGGGCUUGUGCAAUCCACCUAUUUAUUUCACAUGCCUACAGUGUUUUGGAUCUGACAGUCAUUCUGUAAUUUCCUCCUGAGAAGUAUUCACUCAUGUCAUUAGCCUCUAGCCCCAUGUCCUGCUUCUAAGGUGUCACUUGGGAACAAGAUUCCUGAAGAAGACAAUAGAGCCAGGAGUGUGUUUUCCUGACCAGUAGCAAACAAUUUGAGAAGAUUCACACCUAAGCACUGCCCUCACAAAGGAUAAAACAACAUAUACUAGAAGUGCCUGAGAGGUCUAAUCAGCCUGACUUGUCUGAAUUGUUCUGUUUGUGUUGGACUAUGUGUGUAGGUGUAGCAUAAUUCAUACCUACAGGAACCAUUAUUUCUGACACUAGGCAUUAAUGCAGAUCCCUCAGAAAGUCAUCCCACUUGUAUUGGAGGAAGUUGUCUUGACAAAGAUUCCCCAAACCUGUGCUUUCAAGAGUGUUAAAGAAUUUCAAAUGGAGAUUUCAUAAUCUUAUUUUCUUGGGGUAAUUCCAUCCGUGACUGACAUAAUCGCAUGGCUG